AUGAAUUUUUCAUAUCUUUCACCAAUAACCGAAGAAACCACUGAUGACGAGUUAUCCGCGUCACCUACAACACCAACAACCACCACCUCACUAAAGAAUCUACACGCGUCAUGGUCUUACAAAGAAAUUAAUAAUAUUAAUAUUAUUGAUUGUGACGAUCUUUAUAGUGUGUGUCAAGAAAGAAGUAUCUACAAACAACAACAGCAGCAACAAGGUCAAAUCAAAUUGGAUUUUUACACUAUGCGGGACAAUCAUCUGGAAUCUGGAAGCGGUGAUGAAAAUUGCCACCUAAAUACAUCUAGUAACAGCAAUGGAAAUAAUAGUCUUUCUAAAUCUUAUGGAAUUAAUAAAGAAGACAAAAUUUCACAAGAAAAUGUUACCGAAUUUCCAGAUAUGAAGGGGGCAACGCGCGUUCGAAAAAUUAUGAAAGAUAUAAUAAAGAAUAUUAAACAGGAAUCUGAAAAUGUCACCUAUAGAGUAUUAGAAACUUUUCAACAUUUAA